AUGAGCUGCUUCUUCCUUAAACAACUCAAUGCCGGGAGGGAGGAAGACAAACCCCUACUUGAUCUCUUUCAGCACUGCCGCGAACGAGUUGUGCGAGUUACGUCGACACAUUAUUUACCGAAUCACAUUGCUGUCACCACUCAGAACGGCUUUAUUGAAUUCAUUGACGUAUGCAACGGUGAGUUUCGUCUUUUCCUGACUCAUUUGGAGCAUCACAUCCCGUUAGAAUCUCCAGUACGCUGCAUAUCGCUCGUACCUAGCUAUUUUUCCACUCACUCCGCUUCUAGGGAAAGUGAUUUAGGCAACUGUGGACCCCAACUAUUAUAUUCCCUCGGGUUCUCCAACGAACUACUCCUAGCAAACCUCGAAACGGGGGUGGUGAGUGUGUUGGAUAGAUUUAAUACCCGUCCCAGUGCACUUUUCUGCGAUGAAGAUUACAUCGCCUUGGGUGAAGGUGGUGGACAGGUGUCGGUGUGGGACCUCAGUCAUGAGAGGCGGCUCCAGGACGGCGUCGUCGCGCACCCCAAGCUGCUCUGGAAGAAGUUGCUUUUAGAGGACACUGUUGUGUGUUUGAAGGUCCAUCACGAACGACUUGUUUGCUGUUCCGCUGAUCAUCACUUUUGUGUUCUCUUGGUAGACACCGGGGAAUGCUUGAUGACGUGGGUUGGUGAACCAGAUCCAGUUGUAGAUAUCCUGCUCUUCGAAAACCCCUCGAUGCAACACUUAACAACCGUGAUUUGUUUGAGCACAUGCUUUUCGAUUUUCACGGAAACAGAGUUGAAUUCCUCGAAUUUGACUGUGCGGGAGGGGGUAGUGGAACAAUUUCACUCGAAGUGGAAACCUCAUAGGCGCUUUGCACUAGACAAUGUCAUUCAGUGCGCUACGUGUUUUGGGAACUAUUUGGUCGCUGGCACUGCCUCUGGUAUGGUUCUUCUGUAUUACUUUUCCAAUUUGGAAGACGGUAUGAUGGUGCUCGCCCGUUUUGAUGUGGGUUACAGUGUCGUGAGGGUUCAACUUUAUGCGGACGAAACGCUGUUGGUAGUGUCCAGUGCAGGGGACGUUUGGAAGUGGCCCUUAGCCGACCUCAUUAGUGAAUCCGAUAAGGGGAACAUGUCUAGAGGGAGCGGAAUUCCAUCGCGGCAGGGGCAAGACGACUUGCGGAAGCCUACCGGUGUGCCUGCUGUUCUUAAUUCGACGCUAGCGGAUGAGAGUCAGUAUACAUUCAGUGAUUGCGCUGAGACUCUGGCUGGUGAGGGAGGCAGAGAGAGUAGUGUGCGUUUAGAGGAUGAUUACAAAUCUCACGAUGUACACGAUGUUGGGAUACGUGAAGAGGGGGAACAGCAGCGACAACCUAGUAUACCUUCCGCAUUAAUAACCGAAUCACCGCCACCAAAGCAGAUAGAAUUGCCCGGAGAGCAUGAUGAGAUGGAUGAGGUGGUUCAAAAGUCGCUUUCACAGACAGCGCUGUCGGUGGAUACUCCUAAUGUGCAGCCCACUUCCAUGGUCAAUGCAAAAACGCAACCUUGUCUGAUUGGGCCUCCCUUGGAGCGCACAGUGUAUGGAGAGGAGACGAUGACGUUAGUUGUCGAUAAGCUUCAAGAUCUUAAGGAUGUCAUGAAGUUUAAAUCGAGCUUACCACCUAGCAACAUCAGUGAGGAAGAGGGCAGUGUCUCUGGUGAGGAGGGUGAAGUACAUCAAGAUAACCUUGAAACCGCUACCGCUUGCUCAGCAUCUCGUGAUAUUUCAGACCACCUUCAAAGUGGCAGUGAGAGCAAUGAUCAUGCUGCAUCGGUUGCAGUAGAAAGUGAGCCAGAAGUAGUGUUGGUAGAGGAGGAGAACUUGAUGGACACCUCUACUAACUCCAUUUCUUCAUCUUUGAGUCCGCGAUCCGAUCGACCACCUCAACCCGUUCCAGAAGAAAGGAAUACGGAUGAAGAACACACCGUCGAUCGCAUCGUGUCUCAGCCGCUGGAGGAGGAAAUGUCGACAAAUGAGAAGAGUCCCACAACACAACCGAAUGCCCUUAGCAACGUUCAUGGAGAUCAUGAUAAUAUUCCUCCAAGCGAUGCAGUUGUGCGUGUAACCCGCGGCAAAGAAUUGACUCAAGCCUCUUCCCUGUAUUCUCCCGAACGUGAGUUAAGUAAUUUCCAAGCGAUGCUGGGUCCACCUGCCGUUAUUUCGGGAUUGCGCAAAGGUCGUCGCAUGGAUCCUCGGCAAAUUUAUCAAAUAUUGAAAAACGAGAGUCAAAGUAAUGAAUCUGGAAAUGCAGCUGACGGCGAGAUGGCUAGUAAGAGACUACAGAGUACCGCCAUGAUUCUUGAGCAGCAAGAUGCUCUUCGCAAGUCGACUUUUCAUCUUGAGAGCUAUGUGAAAGAGCACCCACUGGAAGCUGAGGCUUUACCCUAUCAUUACCCUGUGAAACUUCCUACCUAUUCACUGGAAGAUCGUGUCUUUGGUGACGCUGUUCCUCCCAUCAUCGACGGCGGAAACGCGGCCGCGUUAAGGAUAAAAGCUGAUGGCUGUAUAGCAGGCGCAGCCGCCGCCAAUCUGAUGAAGGCUGGAUGGUCCUCAGUAAAGCCUGCUCUGGGAAGUGAUGAGAUUACGGAUGAUCUGAUGGAUGCCACACGCUACCGCUUCACUCGCAAAAGGGAUCUUGAGCUUAUUGAAGAGCGACGCCGUGGUGGUCCUGAUAUCAAUGCCCAUCCUUGUGAGGAUAUCCUCUAUCCUGCAACCGAUCCCUCCUCGACCGUAUUAUUUAAAGAGUAUCAAAUGCAACCAUCUGAGCAAUUUGAAUUGCUAUUACCGAUGCCUUUGCCAGCCUUACCCUCAGUUUUCUGA